AUGCCCCUUAGACAUAGCACUGAGAAUUUAUCGAGGCCGUGCGUUGUUUGCCGUGAAUAUUUUUCGCAUGGUCAAGAUUUAUUACGUACCGCCUGCAAUCAUUCCUUUCACCGUUCUUGCCUAUUAUCCUGGCUGAAACAAAACAAAUCGUGCCCACAGUGCAAGGCCACUUGUACUUCGAGUCAAUUCUCCGAUAAAAGUUCUACAGGCAUUAAAACCAGAUCACAAGCUAGUACACAAAGUGGAGUACCUCAGAGUGCCUCACAACUAUCCGUAUCUCAAGGUGCUGUGGCUCGUCCCCAGCAACUACAAACUCAAACACAACCACCGCAACUUCGAACGCCGACAGAUAGCUCAGAUAUUCAACCAGGUGCAGGUAGUCCCCCAAUAACUUCGGCAAGCGGAAACACAGCUGAAAAUGAGCUCAACGAAAGUAGAAUUCGAAAUAUUGUGACCGCAGUUGUAUCAGCAAGGCAAGCUGUAGCUUUUGAGGAGCUCGAAAACAGG